AUGGGGGAAUGGACCAUUUUGGAGAGGCUGCUGGAGGCGGCUGUCCAGCAGCACUCUACCAUGAUUGGAAGGAUCCUGCUGACAGUGGUGGUGAUUUUCCGUAUCCUCAUAGUAGGCAUUGUGGGGGAGAAGGUGUACGAGGACGAGCAAAUCAUGUUCAUCUGUAACACCAUGCAGCCCGGCUGCAACCAGGCCUGUUACGACAAGGCCUUCCCCAUCUCGCACAUCCGCUACUGGGUCUUUCAGAUCAUCCUGGUGUGCACGCCGAGCCUGUGCUUCAUCACAUACUCUGUCCACCAGUCUGCCAAAGCGCGUGACCGAAGCUACUCUCUCCUGCAUCCUUACAUGGAUCACCACAGUCACGGUCACCACGGCCGCCACGACCAUCACGCUCGCAAGCUUCACUCUCGCAACAUCAACGGCAUCCUGGUGCAUCCUGACAGCAGUAAGGAGGAUCAUGACUGCCUGGAGGUCAAGGAGAUCCCCAACGGACCCCGGGGACUCCCUCAAACACACAAGAGUGCUAAAGUACGACGGCAGGAAGGCAUCUCCCGUUUCUAUGUCAUCCAGGUGGUGUUCCGCAACGCGCUGGAGAUCGGCUUCUUGGCUGGCCAGUACUUCCUGUACGGCUUCAAUGUGCCGGGGAUGUUUGAGUGUGAUCGCUACCCAUGCGUGAAGGAGGUGGAGUGUUACGUGUCACGUCCCACAGAAAAGACUGUGUUUCUGGUCUUCAUGUUUGCAGUAAGUGGCAUUUGUGUGCUGCUCAACCUGGCUGAGCUCAAUCACCUUGGCUGGAGGAAGAUAAAGACGGCCAUGCGAGGGGUGCAGGCCCGAAGAAAGUCCAUCUGUGAAGUCCGCAAGAAGGAUGUUUCACACCUGUCCCAGGCCCCAAACCUGGGCAGGACCCAGUCUAGUGAGUCAGCCUACGUCUGA